UUGAGAGAGACAGCCUCUUAGAGCUGUGAGGCAGAAGUGAUGGAUUCAGCCCACAGAAAAGUGACAGUCUUCUCCUAACGGGCCACAGGCAGUACACAUGCUGCCCUGGACUCGCACCAUUUAUCAGGAAACUAUCUCCACCAUCCAACUUAAGUUACCACUUGUCUUCUGAAAGUGCUCCAACUUUUUUUUCCAGUGGAUCUUGAAACAAUCUACUCAACGUUUGCUCAAGUCAAGCUGCUGUUGGGCUAAUGACGGACUUUUAAUAACAGGCUUUAAAACACCACCACCACCACCCCUCCACGGCUGGAAUGGACAGAGGUGACACAGAGUAACUAUACAGGCAAAGUGCAGAAGGGGGGAGAGGAGGACGCAGGGCUGCAGCUUUCUCACUUGGGAUGACUUUCUACCGGGAGAAACUUCAAUCAGCUCUGCCAGGAGGGCAAGGCAUCUGAGGGAGCCUCAUCAAUACUCUACAGUUAUCUAUCUCGCGUUGGUGAGUUGGGACACAUGGAGCCCCCUUCAACGGUCCUGCUGCGGCUCCUUCUUGUUUAUGGACUAGCCUGUGCUGCCCAGCAGACUCAUGGGAGUCCGUCAGACAGCAGCCAUGGCAGGGACAAGACCCAAGAAUUUGAGAGUAGUGAGGAUGAUUUGGAGAGAGACUUUUUCUAUGCUGGAAGGACCAAGCGUGCUCCAGCUGAGCCGCCGCAGGACAAGUGCUCCUACACUUUCAUUGUGCCUCAGCAAAAAGUGACCGGAGCCAUCUGUGUCAACUCCAAGGAGCCGGAGGCCAUGCUGGAGAAUCGGGUCAACAAACAGGAGUUAGAGCUGCUAAAUGUGGAGCUACAGAAACAGAAGAGGCAGAUCGAGACCCUGCAGCAGUUGGUAGAGGUGGACGGAGGUAUUGUCAAUGAGGUCAAGCUUCUGAGGAAGGAGAGCCGAAACAUGAACUCCAGAGUCACACAGCUGUACAUGCAGCUGCUCCACGAGAUCAUCAGGAAGAGAGACAAUGCCCUCGAAUUGGCUCAGAUGGAGAACAAGAUCCUGAACCAAACCUCUGAGAUGCAACAGCUCACCAGUCGAUACAAGGAUCUCGAGCACAAGUACCAGCACUUGGCUUCUUUGGCCACUAACCAAUCAACUCUUAUUGUUCUGUUGGAGCAGCAGUGCCAGAGUCGCCCUCCCCCUCGUCCCGUGCCGGUCCCCCAGCCACGGUCUCAACCACCUCCACCAUCACCACCUCUCAACAAGCCUUACCAACCACCUGUCCCUCCACGAGUUGUCAACCCAAUCAGCAACGAGAUCCAGAGUGACCAAAAAUCUCAACUGCCUCUUCCAACGAUGCCCACUGGCACACACAGCCCCUCCACCACUGACAAGCCCUCUGGACCAUUUAAGGAUUGUCUGCAGGCUCUGGAAGAUGGCCACACUUCCAGCAGCAUGUACCUGGUGAAGCCAGAUAAUGCCAACCGCCUUAUGCAGGUGUGGUGUGACCAGAGACACGACCCAGGUGGCUGGACCGUGAUACAGAGGAGGAUGGACGGCUCUGUCAACUUUUUCAGGAACUGGGAGACAUACAAGCAAGGUUUUGGCAAUAUUGAUGGUGAGUACUGGCUGGGUCUGGAGAACAUCUACUGGCUGACUAACCAGGCAAACUACAAAUUACUGGUCACGCUGGAGGACUGGUCUGGCAGGAAGGUGUUUGCAGAGUACGCCAGCUUCAGAGUGGAGCCCGAGGCCGACUUCUACAAGCUAAGGGUGGGCCGUUAUCAUGGCAAUGCUGGAGACUCCCUCACCUGGCACAAUGGGAAACAGUUCACAACACUGGACAGAGACCAUGAUGCAUAUACAGGCAAUUGUGCCCACUACCAGAAGGGAGGCUGGUGGUACAACUCUUGUGCCCACUCAAAUUUGAAUGGAGUUUGGUACAGAGGAGGACACUACCGCAGCCGCUACCAAGAUGGAGUCUACUGGGCUGAGUUCAGAGGAGGAGCCUAUUCGCUUAAGAAAGUGGUCAUGAUGAUCCGUCCAAACCCAAACACCUUCCACUAAGCAUCCAAGGAACACAUGCUGUAACUCUAACUAAACACAAACCUUGACCUUGUCCUAAAACUCAUGCAAUCUGUAGUCUUUUUCUUCUUCUUUAAGUGGCACCACACCAAGCCAGAUGACAGAGAGACAGAGGAUGUUAAAAGUGCAAUAUCAAAACGAGCUGAUAUACCGGUAACUCCUGCACUUUGCGCACCGUUAUACAGCUGUCUGUACCUUUUUCCCUUUUACAUUAUGAUUCAGUGAAGACAUGUUCUGAUUGCUCAGGAGUUCUUUUAAAUACACUGUCUUUGAUCAAACAAAUACCUGUUUAGUUGACAGUGCUCUCAUUUGACCUGAGUGAGAACCUAAUUUGACAUUAGAGAAUAAAGCCUACAAUAUAUAUUUAGUACGUAUGUAAAGUUGUUUUUGCAAUAACAAGCAAAUGAGGUUGACACAGGAAACGUAUCCGGUGACUUUUAGUUUCAUUCUAAGUACAUUUUCCAAAUGUGUAAUUUAACAGUAACAUUUAUUGACUUGUAUUACAGGGUUGAUAUUCUGGCCAGUUUUAUUAAUUACAACAAAAUAUACUAUUGAAAAACAGUGGCAUGUUCUUUUCUAACAGAAAAACACAACUGAUAGCAAUACCUGAAGUUAUAAAUAGUCUGCUUAUUCAACAUAUAAUAGAUCUAAGACCAAAAUCAACUUACCACCAACAUUUGAGGAGCUACACUCUACUCAAAGUCCUGCUUUUUUUUUCUCAACAAAACUUGUUUUGAAAUCUUGAAUUGCUUGAACAGGAAUCCACGAAUUUGCUUGUAUGAAUCAAGCACUGUAUUUACUGUAUAAAUUGAGUGGUUUGUUGAUGUCAAUAGAUCCAACACAUUGCGUUUGUACAUAAAAGAUAUUUGUAAUAUAAUGUAUUAAAACCUUAUUACAUUGCAAUAAAAUAUGUACAGCUUG